AUGCGGUCGCAACAAUCACCAUCACGUCAUCAUCAACAUCCCAAUCCCUCUUCUUCUUCUCCUCCUCCUCCUCCUACGGUUUCUCCUCCUCAGAAUACGCAUCGCGGGGAAUUGAGUGAUACCACUGCACCAGUGUCUACAGGAGGAACAUCAAGUACUAGAGAUGAGCCAAAGGCAUUUGGUUCAGCUCAUGUUACAUUUACUCGAGCUGGAGGUGACACUACUAUUCUUGGUAGUAACAAUGAUGAAAGUUCCGUAGCAACAACAAGUAUUGGUGGUGGUGGUGCUGGUACUGGUGUUGGACGAGAUCGAUUCCUUAGCGCUGAAGGUUUCACGGCAUCGCCCAGUGAUACUUUUUCAGACAAUGAAGAGUCUUCUGAAGGUAGUGUUGGGAGUUCUUUCUAUAGUAUGAAUCAUUUAGCUCUCGCUAACCGUUCUGAUAGCGAUGAUGAUGAUGUAAAAGACGCAAAAGAUGCAAAAGCACUACAAGAAUCUCUUCUUAAGGCAUUUCCAGAUUCACUACGUCAUAUUGCUGUAGAUGAAGCAGCAGCAGAAGCCUUACUUUCUAAUGAUCCUGCAGGAGCAGUAGAAAGUGGAUAUCAUCGACAAUUUUCAGAAUUAGUUCUACGUGAAGUCCAUCAUUUACUAACCCGAACAGCGAGUACACUUCAAGCACGAAAACGAUAUGUAAUGCGUCAUUACACACUUGAAUUUGAUAGAGUAGGACCAAGGGCAUUAGAAUCAAUGGUAGCAGAAGAAAGUGCCCGUAGUCUUUCAGAAUGGGAUAGUGUUUGGUAUCAUGGUCCACCAGAUUCAAAUGGUGGUAUAUUAGCAGCCGUUACUGUACGUCCACCAAGGUUUACAGCAGGAAUGUUAUGGAAUGCGGAAGAUCGUUUUCUUCUCGGAGGUACGGCUUUUUUAGAAGAGGCUCGUCUUUUGCAAUUACGAUUACCAGGUGGAAGUAGAUCUUCAGUGAAUACGACUAGUGUAUCUUUAGGAGCAGACUCCAGUGGACCUGGGAAAACAACUGGACAAGAAGGAGGAGGAGGAGGAGGAGAUCAGACUUCAAAUCUUAAACCUCAUGCGGAUAAUAGUGAACAACGAACACAUGUAUGGUUUCUACUGCGUGAAUAUAUCUCUGUCUCAAAGGCUGGAUUAGGAUGUAUGGUUCAAACCUUUUCUAUUAUUCCUAGUCAUGUUUCACUAAAUGUAACUCGAAGUCAUUCUAUACAUUAUAGUCUUAUACAAGGUAUAUUAGAACAGUGUGCUCCUGGAGCGGUAACACGUGCUUUUCCACUUUCUAUGCUUUUACCACAAUCCGUUGCUCUUCGUGCAAAUUCAGCAACUAUUGGUGGUGCACUUAAUACUCCAGCACAGUGUAGUCGUACACAAGCUGAAUUUGCACAUACUGGAAUGGAAAGUAUGUUUGCUCCAAUGGAUGAUAGUUUGUCUUUUAUGACGACUAAAAGUCUUUUUUCUACAUCCCCUCAUCGUCCUUCAAAAGUAAAACAUACAUGGCGUCAACCAUUAGGAGAUGAGGUAUAUCUUCGUUUUACAAAUCCUAAACUUUAUGCAUGGGUUAUUCAACGACAACCGGCAGUUCUUACUUCAAGUAUUAAUAUUAUUUCAGAGUAUAUUCGCUAUAGCCAAAGAUUACGUUUUAGACGAAAAAUGUCACGACUUCUUCGAGCUGUUCGUACAAUUCAAAGAUUUUUCAGAGUUUCUUUAGGAAGAAAAAAACGUGCCGUUCAACGUAUGUUACACCAAUGGAGACAAUUAGAAUUGGAUUGUCGAGAACGAUUAAAAAUUCAUACCUUUCUUCCUACUGCUACUAAUCGUAUUAGUUUCAUUGUGGCUACUGUAUUAUGGCAACAUAUUGUUACCACCGAUCAAUACAAAUUAUCCAUGUUGGAAGAACAAUUUUCCGCACGUCGGGCAGCGUAUAAAAAGUGGUGUGCACAACGAACAGAGGAGUGUCAGGCAAAGCAAGAUACUUCACUAGGGGUCUCAUUUACAUUUACAAAUACGCCUUUAGUGGACUCUUCCAAUAAAGAAAUGGGAGUGAAUAAUGUUUCUUGUUCUUUAUCCCUAUCUGGAGGAAGUAAACAACAAGGAGCAAAAAUCAUGUCUAAAUCACAUUUUCCAUGGAUUUCACGUUGGGGAGAUGUUUUGCAUGCACGUUUUGGUUGGUAUAUAGAUCCUGAAGAAUUGUUGCUAGAGAGUCACCGCCGAAUGUUGGUAUCAUUGCGAAGUUCUAUCUUAACAAUGUCAGAAGUACAGGAAGAACUCAAGAAAACAUGUAAAGGACCUGUGUUAUCGCUUGUUUGA